CCAUUUCCCUUUGAGGUGCGUGCCUACGGCGAGGCUAAGCUAGUCGGGGCAAAGUGUUCGUUUUUGUAGACGACACGAAAACGAAAAAUAACAAGAAUGCCUGCGCAUUGUGCUGCGUACGGUUGCACACGACGCCGUACAGCCGAAACAAGGGACGCGGGAAUAACCUUUCAUAAGUUUCCCAGAGGUGAUGAGAUCAGGAGACAGUGGGAAAAAGCUCUGAGGAGAAAGGAUUUUACUGCGACUGAUGAGACUGUGCUCUGCAGUCAACAUUUUAUGAAAGAUGAUUUUGACAGGACUGGGCAGAUUUGCCGGAUUAGAGUUGGUGUCAUUCCAUCAGUGUUUAACUUCCCGGAUCGUCCAAGAAAAGUUGAGAGAAAAAGGACGCCAAGAACCACAAGAACGUCAAUGAAAGCUCAGGAGGGCCUACCAUUACCCAGCCCUCACAAAGCCACCAAAAAGGAAUUCCAGCUUAAUAGUGACCUUCCUGAAGCAGAAAGGACCACGACAACCUCAAGGAAAGGUAACAGUCUACCAUUACCCACCCCUCAGAAAGUUACCAAAAAGAAGCAUCAACUUAAUAUUGACCUUGACCACAACUAUUCGCUGCCCAGUUCUCCCGCUGCUCUGAAGGUCAAGUUUAGUCAGGCUGCAACUAGAAUUUGGAACCUGGAGAAGGAGAAGAGAAAUGCGCUGGUACGAGAACGAAGGGCAAUGAAAAGUCUAAUAGCUGUACUGCACAAGCCCUUGUGCAAGUCUUGUGUCUGAGGCUAUAAAAUCACCACCGUUCAGCGAGAACUAUUAUCUUUUGAACCUGAAAAAUAGUGGCUUGGUGAUUCCCUUUGAUAGCUCUGUUCAGGUUGUGAGAGCUGCCGUUCGCUAUGUAGUCCUGAGCAAAUACCAUAAGGAUUCUGUGUUCACACAUUAUUCCGGGAAGAGAUUGGCACAAAGUAUAUGUUUUCACUCGGGGAGCACAUUGAAGGAAUCCAUUUCAACAUAGAGAACCAGCAGUCUCCCUUGAUAAUUACUUACAGGUACGUUUCACUAAAUUAGAAUAUCGUAGAAAAUUCCGUUUAUUGCAGUACUCACACAUUAUAUAGAUUCAUUAAAGAUUUGGAAAAAAUACUUUGAGGUCAAAAUUCCUGCCUAAUUUCUACAUUAAAAAUAAUUUUCAUUAUUUGUUAUUUAAUAUUCUAGUUUCUAGAGACAGUGAAUUAUGAAUUUUCUUUUGCUGUAAUCAUAAAAAAAUAUACAUAUUACAGAAAAUCAUGACAUAUUUAAAUCUGUGUGUAGUGCAUCUCUAAAGUUAGUUUCGCGUUUCCAAUUGACCUAUACACACACACACAAACUAUUGAACUAAAGAUUUUGACACUAUUCAGAUUUAUUGAGCUGUACCUGUACAUUGUGUUCAGUGUAAAAAAUUAAAUAAAUAAAUAAAAUAAGGUUUUAACAUUGCCAGACUUACUCCCCUCGAUUUACAAGGUGCAUGUAUGAGGAAGAAUUCAUGCAAAACAGUCCUCAUACACCAUUAGGUUGUAUAAUUCCGAGGUGAUGUUAAGUGUUUUGAUUUACUCGAGACACACAACAGUUUCAUUGUUCCUGUUUCUAACUUGUACAAAUGUCAAUAAAUGUCAUUCUAUUUUAUCCCCACGGAGUCUUUGCCACAUACGUGCAUAGAUAGUCCCUUGAGAUACAUACAUACGAGUGACCUGACGUUCAAGUUUUUCGAGGUACAAGCCGUCAUCAGCCUUUUUUUUUUUACUUGCGACUGUAAACUUGAGAUACGAGCAGUUUGGCAGAUAGAAUUAGUAAACAAUUCUUCAAAAAAUAAGCUUCAAGCUGUUUAUUGCCUUUCCCAGUUGAAGUUUACUCUCAUACUAAACAAAACACGCUUUUUACUAGCUUAAUGCUAACACAUAAUGGGAAACCCCAUAGACAGGCUAAUGAGUGUCAUGUAGCAUAUUUGUGGUCUUUAUACUGCCCCAGGUGGCCAAAACACACACACGAGGAGCGCCACGUCAUCCAUUUAAUUGAUGCAAAAAGUGUGACAAAAACUAAUUGUU